UGGAGACAGCAAACGUGUGCCGUAAUCCUUCCUGGUAGCAGACGGCCUGUGAUUCUCUCUCACACGGACAUUCUGCUGAGGAGUAAAGCCAGCCUUCAUCAGAGGAAUAGUUUAUGUACAAUUUGAUUAAAAAAACCCAAAAACCUCAGCCCAGGCUGGCCGGAGGAAUCAGCUGGAUUCUGGAGCUAUAAAAUGCUUUUAGCCAAAAACGUAGGGGAGGAGAAACGGCAGCAGAAUUAAGCCUGGAGAAACCAGGAGAGACUUUUUAGCAGCUGGAUGAGAGUUGCUUGCUUUGUUCCAAGGAGCCAAGUUGGUGAGCAUCUCCCAGCUAAUAUUAAAUGACAAGUCGAGAGAGUGGUGUUGUUCUGGAAAUGCAUGUGCUGUGCCUUUAAGACUGUAUUGUGGGUGAAUUGAGUUUCUCAGCCCUGCACGUGGCAGAAUAUUUUUUUUUGGGGGGGGGGGAAGAAAUCACGUUGAAUUUCUUUCUUUUUUUCCUGGGUCAUGCCUUUGGCACCUUCUUUAUUCCUCUCUCUUUAUUUCAACGAGACACCGCUACUUCAGUUUGGAGCACAAACAUAUGAUCAGCACAUGGAAAUGUGGUAAUCUGGAUGCGUUCAUGAUUGCAGCCGGUUGAAGAAAUUAGACUAAAAGCAUUUUUUAAAAGAAGAAGCAGAAGAGGAAAACCAGGGAAAAGGCAACGGGGAGAGUGGUUAAAAAGUACCAUCUGGGACUCGCGGAUGCUAUAUAUAUCUGGUAGGGAUGGAGAGGGACCGGAUUACAGCUCUGAAAAGAUCCUUUGAGGUUGAAGAAGCAGACCAGCCUCCAAAUUCUUCCACUCCACAAAGACGGACACCCAACCCUCUUGUUAGGUCUACAGUGACCACCUCCACUCAGAAAUUCCAGGAUAUUGGUACCAAGAAUUCAGAGACCCCUUCCAGACAUGUGGAGUCUCCUGCACAAAGGUCUCCCAAAUCUUCUUUGAGGAGAGUUGAGCUCUCUGGACCAAAACAUCCUGAGCCGGUGUCCAGAAGAACAGAAAUCUCCAUUGAUAUCUCAUCUAAGCAAGUGGAGAAUUCCACUUCAGGAGCAUCAAGAUUUGGCCUCAAGAGAGCAGAUGUGUUAGGGCACAAGCCCCCUGAGACUGCUCCCAGAAGGACUGAGAUCAAUAUAGGUAAGCCUCAGGACCAAGCUCUUCGCAGGAUGGAAGCCCCCUCAAAGAUCCCUGAACCAACACAGCGUAGAGUUGAAGCCACUAGCCCACCUGUGCCUGACGUUGCCACCAAACGUGUGGAAAUCCAGGUAGCAAAAUCUUCAGAGGUUCCAGUACCACCAGUCAAGCAGAAUGACAAUGUGGAGCUUUUCCCAACCAAUCAGCACCUGCCACCAGAACCAAAGCUACAGCCAGUAGUGACUGAAAUUCCGCCUAAGCGCCAAGAAGCAGGUUCAGAGGCUAUUCCCGGCUACCCAGGCAGCAUGAUGGAUACCACUCGAGAUGCCAGCCUCAAGCAAGCUGCACCAACACGGACCGAGAAACCAGCUGCUGACUUUGCCUAUGUUGGGAUAGAUGCCAUCCUCGAGCAGAUGCGGAGGAAAGCCAUGAAGCAAGGGUUUGAGUUCAACAUCAUGGUAGUCGGUCAGAGUGGCCUGGGAAAAUCUACUCUAAUCAACACCCUCUUCAAGUCCAAAAUCAGCCGCAAAUCUGUGCAGCCAAGUUCUGAAGAGCGGAUCCCCAAGACAAUUGAAAUCAAGUCCAUCACACAUGAUAUUGAAGAAAAAGGCGUUCGUAUGAAACUCACUGUCAUCGACACCCCAGGAUUUGGAGACCACAUCAACAAUGAGAAUUGUUGGCAACCCAUUAUGAAGUUCAUCAAUGAUCAGUAUGAGAAGUACCUCCAGGAAGAGCUUAAUAUUAACCGGAAGAAGAGGAUACCAGAUACCAGAGUCCACUGCUGUAUAUACUUCAUCCCUGCUACUGGUCACUCCCUCCGACCGCUGGACAUUGAAUUCAUGAGACGUCUGAGCAAAGUGGUCAACAUUGUGCCUGUCAUUGCCAAAGCAGACACAUUAACGCUAGAAGAGAGGGACUACUUCAAGCAAAGGAUCAUGGCAGAUCUCCUUGCCAAUGGCAUUGAUGUUUAUCCCCAGAAACAGUUUGAUGAAGACUCUGAAGAUCGACUAAUAAAUGAGAAAUUUAGAGAAAUGAUUCCAUUUGCUGUGGUGGGCAGUGACCAGGAAUACCAGAUUAAUGGAAGGCGAAUUCUGGGAAGGAAAACAAAGUGGGGCACAAUUGAAGUUGAGAAUACAACGCAUUGUGAGUUUGCUUACUUGCGGGAUCUUCUGAUCAGGACACACAUGCAAAACAUCAAGGACAUUACCAGCAGCAUCCAUUUUGAAGCCUACAGAGUCAAGCGCUUGAAUGAAGGCCAGAAUAUGCUCUCCAAUGGCGUAGCUGACAAGGAGGAGUUGGUGGCCAAUGAAAUUUAACACUCCGUGCCCAAGCUAGGACCCAGUUUGCUCUCCCCCCUCUUUUUUUCUUUUCUUUAAAAAAAUCAUAUAAACCUUCUGCUGGUGCCACUGUUAUUUUCUCCUCUCUACCACUGAUGCCAACUCUGUUGACAUUAACUGACCAAAUAACAGUACUUUCUGUAAUAAAUGUAGUGUCUCGCUCUUUUCUAGUCUCUGUGAUGUGAAACAUCUAUUCUGUCCUCCUGUGUAGGUGUAGUAACAGAUCAGUAGAAGAGAUGAGGUUGAGAGUAAAAACUCAACAGAAGCAACUUUGUUUGAUUUGAUGUUUUACUUUAGUUGUGGCCACCUUGCCAUAGAUCCUCUGCUGUGAUAGGCCAGCACCCCUUUCCUGGAAUUCAGUGGAGGAACUCCCACUGAUCCUCGCAAACCUCAGGGUCUUGAGGCUGAGACGAACCUUGUUAGAAAGCAGACUGAUCCCUCUCCCCCUGCCCACACCCCCAUUCUGUCAAGCCUGGUGAAGUUCAAUAUGAUUCCUUGCAUUGUGCCAUGAGUUGAAGCUAGUAAGUAUGGAGAACGGCUGUGUUAGAGAGAGAUAAGUGGGUGCUGCACAUUCCUUAUGCUGUCCACGCAGCUUCACCUCCAGUAAAGCAACAUCAGGACAUUCCUGAACGGGAGAGGUUGAUCUGGACGAGGUAGCUUUCUUUAGCAACUUGGUUUAUACACACCUGGUGAAGCAUUGAUGGAUGCUAGAUAGGACAUGCCUCCAUAGCAUCUCCCCCUCCCCCCCAACUACAUAAAAGGAGAAGAGAGAGAGAGAAGCCCAUGUCUGCCUUCUUUAUUUCAAUGGUUCAAGUCUAUGGAAAUCUUUCUGUUGAGUCACUUAAUAUACCUGGUGCCAAAGGUUUACUGUUUCAUAGACCAAGGUGGGAAGGGGGGUCAUUUUGUGUUUGUUUCUGCAUUGUGUGUGUGUGUUUCUUUCUCUUUUCCAGCUUAACUCCAUCCAUUUCAAGUGAAGAUUUGUAUGACCUAGAUAUGAGUUUUAAAGUGAGGCAGAGUGAGAGAGAGAUGAAUUAUUCUCACAAGUCACAAUUCCACUUGGCACUAUGCACAUGUUACCCCUGCAUGUCUAAUCUACGACCCUUGUCCUUUAAAAAGCCAGCAAUAAUAGGUAGCUUGCUCACUAGAGAAAAAGAAGGCCUACUGUGAGAUAAGUAUGGCGACUCUAAUAAGGUCAGGCCACUCAAUGGCAAAUGCAGAUCACCUUGAUUCCUAGGACAUUCCUGUUCUUCUCUUAAAUGUUCUUGUCCCUUUAGGCAGGAAUCCCAAAUCCAGCUGCUUUCCUAGAAGUUCAAGUGUUCAUUGUAUUUCAAAUGCUUUGCGUAUGCUUGCCUAUGACAAAGGCUGAAACAGUUUUUUCAAAGCCAAUUGAGAAGACUUCAGUCCUUAGAAUUGUUGUUCUAACCCUUUUCUUUUUGAGGUCUGGAUGUUUCUCAUUGUCCAAUUUCUGUGUGUAUCCCUUCUAACUGUGGUCAAAACUCCUUAGGUGUGCACAUCUAGAUAUGUAAAAAGGAAUGGGGUGUGUGUGGUUCUGCAGAUCUUGUUGUUGGACUCCCAGCUUUCAUCAUAUCUAAGCAUUGUUCACACUGGCAGGGGCUGAUGGGAGUCAAACAACAACAUCAUUUGCAGGGCCCCAGGUUCCCUGUUCUGUAGCCCAGGAUCUUGCAUGCAUUCUGCAAUAUACAGCCCUUGGUUAAGUGCACAGCUUAAUCCAAGAAUGUCAAUUUACACAAUACAGUUCUCCAAAUGGUUUCUGUGCCUGAGGAUGAUUGUGAGGUAGGGAUCAUGUAGAAGCUGUCUGCUUGUGUCAACUAGACCUAAUCUUUAAAGUACUAUGCCUUUUGUCCAUUCCACCUUUUGAAACAGAAGCUGAGUUAUGCUGGUUACACAAAGAGGUUUGUUAAAAAACCAACAACAUGGAUUUCAUUUAAAUUCUUCUUCAGUCAGUCUUACAGCCAUGGUGACUGUAUUCCAAAGUGGGUCAAGGUCCCCUUUCCUUUGACAGACCCAGAAGUUGCACAGAUGAACUCUGUCCAUAACUGUGGAGGAAACAAAAAAACUGCAUUUGCCAAAUGCAGUUGACCCAAUUCGGAGAGGCAGAAGCCUUCUUCAGUUAUGGCAAACUAACCAAGAGAGCCAGCAGUCAUAGCUUUCUCUGCCUCAGAGAACAAAGUAGCCAGCUCCAUAGAACCUCCUCCUUUUGUGCCAUUUGCUGAUAAUACUCAUCACAGCUGCUUUUCAAAAGCCAAAAGCUUUGGCCAUGCUGCCCUCUUGUGGAGCCCUAAAGGAAAAAAAGGAAGGGCAUGCUGAUUCCUGGUUUUCAGAAAGGCAAGUGUUAAGUUUUAAUCUUGCUCUUACAGACACUAGUGUGGCCCACUCUCAGCUGGCAAACAUGCCUAAGAGGGGAAUGCUUCACACCUUAACACACACCACAGUUGGAUUCCAGCCAAUGGCCGCUUCCUCUUGCAAGUCUUGAUAAUUCACGCAUACAAGCUGAUCUUCAACCAAGACAUCCGGUGACCUUAUUUGCUGCUUCCACAGUGCCCUCUGAAAAGUGCUCUUCUUUCAUGACUCAAACUGUCAAGCAUUUUGUUUGUUUUGCAAUUCAUGGCCCUAAUGAAUACAUCUCCAAAUAUUUUUUUUGCUCAGAGGCACUCAUACAUUUUCUGUUGCAAGUUAAAUCUAAACCUGCCGUGUUAACUUUUGUGUUGUCCCUCCCAGACGUAAGAAUAAAUAAAUGGAGGAAUCUUUACUGAGCUGUGUUAAGCUGAGGAAAAUUAUUUUUUUUACUUGCUGACUUGCUAUAUUUUAGCAAAAUAAAAAUUGUGUAUUAACUAAAUAUAUAUAUAUUUCAAGUGUUUAAGACUAUGAAAAGGGUAAAGGAGAAUGUCUUUUUGUUUAGAUAAACUUCAGCAACAAAAAAAUAAAAAUGCAUCAUAUCUUGUUUGCCAAUAUCUCAGCCAGCGAAAGCAAGACAAAAAUGGCUUUCUCCUUUUAUAUUGUACUUCGGGGGUUGGGGAGGAUUUACUGAAUAAUAAAAAAAUAUCAUCCAAAUCUAUAAAAAAGGCCUUUUUAAGGAUUGUAUGCAUUAUGACAAAUUUAGUUCUGUUUUGUAUAAAUAAUAGUGUUUAAUAUGUAUUUCCCAAAAAUAAAUGUUUCAAAUGGAAAA